GGUUCAGGCUGCAGCUAACCCCUUCUCAGAUCCUGGUCAGCAUUCCUACUCUGAGUGUGGAUAUGGUCCCAGGUCAGAGGGAUGUGUAGGCAGAACGAUUGUUAUUGAACUAAAGUUGGAACAGGAAAAACUGGCGCGACGUACCAUUGCGUCUGACGUCAUCUUUAGGACUCUACGCUAAGCGUGCCCUUAACCUUGUUUGCUACAUUUUAUUUUACACCAUUCUGGAUUGAUUUUCUGUCCGAUUUCAUCAUGUCUCUUGCUGCAGAGGCAUUCGUCUCCCAGAUAGCAGGUAAUGUGUGUAAUCUGUGUUCUGCAACAUAAAGCUAACGUCAUUAGGAUUCGUUUUGCUGUUAGCUAGCAUCAGAUGCUAGCUAAACUAGCCGCUAGCUAAGCUAGCCAUUAGCUAGCUGUGGAAAGCUUCCCUUUUGUCUGUGGCUUCACUGACAAAUGAGGUAGCUAGCUAGCUAGAUUAUCAUAUUAAACGACACUGAACGAAAAUAUAAACGCAACAUGUAAAAUGUUGGUCCCAUGUUUCAUGAGCUGAAAUAAAAGAUCCCAGAAAUGUUCCAUACGCACAAAAAGCGUAUUUGUCUCAUUUUGUGCACAAAUAUGUUUACAUCCCUGUCAUUGAGCAUUUCUCCUUUGUCAAGAUAAUCCAUCCCACCUGACAGGUGUGGCAAAUCAAGAAGCUGAUUAAACAGCAUGAUCAUUACACAGGUGCAAUUUGUGCUGGGGACAAUAAAAAAACACUCUAAAAUGUGCAGUUUUGUCACACAACACAAUGCCACAGAUGUCUCAAGUUUUGAGGGAGCGUGCAAUUGGCAUGCUGAUUGUAGGAAUGUCCACCUGAGCUGUUGACAGACAAUUGAAUGUUUAUUUCUCUACCAUAAACCUCCAAUGUCGUUUUAGAGAAUUUGGCAGUGUGUCCAACCGGCCUCACAACCGCAGACCACAUGUAUGGCAUGGCGUAGUGUGGGCGAGCGGUUUGCAGAUGUCAACGUUGUGAACAGAGUGCUCCAUAGUGGCAGUGGGGUUAUGGUAUGGGCAGGCUUAAGCUACAGACAACGAACACAAUGGCAAUUUGAAUGCACAGAGAUACCGUGACGAGAUCCUGAGGCCUAUUGUCAUGCCAUUCAUCCGCCGCCAUCACCUCAUAUUUCAGCAUGAUAAUGCACGGCCCCACGUCACAAGGAUCUGUACACAAUUCCUGGAAGCUGAUAAUGUCCCAGUUCUUCCAUGGUUGUGGAUCGACGUGUAUAACAGCGUGUUCCAGUUCCCGCCAAUAUGGGCUACCGAGUGGCACAGCGGUCUAAGGCACUGCAUCUCAGUGCUUGGCACUGCACUACAGAUCCCCUGGUUCGAUUCCAGGCUGUAUCACAACCGGCCGUGAUUGGUAGUCCCAUAGGGCGGCGCACAAUUGGCCCAGCGUCGUCCGGGUUUUGCCGGUGUAGGCCGUUAUUGAAAAUAAGAAUUUGUUCUUAACUGACUAGUUAAAAAUAUCCAGCAACUUUGCACAGCCAUUGAAGUGUCAAUCAACAGCCUGAUCAACUCUAUGCGAAGGCAAAUGGUGAUCUAGGGCUGUCCCCGACAAAAAUCAAAUCUUGGUCGACGAGAGUCAUCCUGUUCUUUCGACCAAUGUAUUUUUCUAUAUAUAAACAGACACACCCUAUGUGUUUGAAUAAAAGCAACUACAAACAGUGCAUUCGGAAAGUAUUCAGACCACUUGACUUUUUCCACAUUUUGUUACCUUACAGCCUUAUUCUAAAAUGGAUUAAAUUGUUUAUUUUCCUCAUCAAUCUACACACAAUACUCCAUAAUGACAAAGCAAAAACAGGUUUAUCACAUUUACGUAAAUAUUCAGACCCUUUUACUCAGUACUGUGUUGAAGCACCUUUGGCAGCGAUUACAGCCUUGAGUCUUCUUGGGUAUGACGCUACAAGCUUGGCACACCUGUAUUUGGAGCAUUUCUCCCAUUCCUCUCUGCAGAUCCUCUCAAGCUCUGUCAGGUUGGAAUGGGAGCGUCGCUGCACAUCUAUUUUCAGUUCUCUCCAGAUGUUAGAUCAGGUUCAAGUCCGGGCUCUGGCUGGGCCACUCGAGGACAUUCAGAGACUUGUCCUGAAGCCACUCCUGCGUUGUCUUGGCUGUGUGCUUAGGGUUGUUGUCCUGUUGGAAGGUGAACCUUCACCCAAGUCUGAGGUUGUGAGCGCUCUGGAGCAGGUUUUCAUCAAGUAUCUCUCUGUACUUUGCUUCGUUCAUCUUUGCCUCGAUCCUGACUAGUCUCCCAGUCCCUGCCACUGAAAAACAUCCCCACAUUGAUGCUGCCACUACCAUGCUUCACCAUAGAGAUGGUGCCAGGUUUCUUCCAGACUAGGCAUUCAGGCCAAAGAGUUCAAUCUUAGUUUCAUCAGACCAGAGAAUCUUGUAUCUCAUGGUCUGAGUCCUUUAGGUGCCUUUUGGCAAACUCCAAGUGGGCUGUCACGUGCCUUUUACUGAGGAGUGGCUUCCGUCUGGCCACUCUACCAUAAAUGCCAAAUUGGUGGAGUACUGCAGAGAUGGUUGUCCUUCUGGAAGGUUCUCCCAUCUCCACAGAGGAUAUUCUAGAGCUCUGUCAGAGUGACCAUUGGGUUCUUGGUCACCUUCCUGACCAAGGCCCUUCUCACCUGAUUGCUCAGUUUGGCUGGGCGGCUAGCUCUAGGAAAAGUCUUGGUGGUUCCAAACUUCUUCCAUUUAAGAAUGGAGGCCAUUGUGUUCUUGGGGACCUUCAAUGCUGCAGAAUGUAUUUGAAACCUUUCCCCAGAUCUGUGCCUUGACACAAUCCUGACUCUGAGCUCUACGAACAAUUCCUUCGACCUCAUGGCUUGGUUUUUGCUUUGACAUGCACUGUCAAAUGUGGGACCUUAUGUAGAUACUUGUGUACCUUUCCAAAUCAUGUCCAAUCAAUUUAAUUUACCACAGGUGGACUCCAAUCACGUUGUAGAAACAUCCCAAGGAUGAUCAAUGGAAACAGGAUGCACCUGAGCUCAAUUUCUGUUUUUUAUUUUUUAUACCGGCUAUUCCCAAACCGGUGUACGUGUACCCCCAGGGGUACGCGCAAUGCCGUCGGGGGUACGCCAAAUAAAAAUGUGAUUCACAUUUUCAAACAGUCCAUUUAGAUUUUCCAACGGUGCUAUACUUUUCGUUUUUUCUCGCCUGAGUAGCCUCGUUUCGCUGCCAAAAAUAAAAUUUAACCAUCUAGUGUUCAGCGAAAUAAUAACACAAAGUCAAAUACAGGUAGCCUUGUCAAAUAAUUAACAUCCAAUCACAUUAACCGUUACUAAUGCAAAUGAACUCAAGCUUACAGACAAUGUCAAAUAGCGAAGCACCUGAAUUAGCUGGGUGCGCAAUUACAUUUACAUUACAUUUACGUCAUUUAGCAGACGCUCUUAUCCAGAGCGACUUACAGUUAGUGAGGGCAUACAUUAUUCUUUUUUCAUACUGGCCCCCCGUGGGAAUCGAACCCACAACCCUGGCGUUGCAAACGCCAUGCUCUACCAACUGAGCUACAUCCCAUUACGCAGGUACUUUCCCGAAACGGACGACACAAACAACUGGAUUCAUUAUCCCUUUCAUGCCCUCCCUCCAGUCCACUUACCGAUAUCUGAACAAGAGAGCCUCAUUGAAAUUGCAACAAGCGGUUCUGUGAAAAUUGAAUUUAAUCAGAAGCCACUGCCAGAUUUCUGGAUAGGGCUGCGCUGAGAGUAUCCUGCCUUGGCAAAUCGCGCUGUUAAGACACUUAUGCCCUUUGCAACCACGUACCUAUGUGAGAGUGGAUUCUCGGCCCUCACAAACAUUACAACUUAGCCCUUAACCAGCAAUGCAGUUUUAAGAAAAUAGAGUUAAGGAAAUAUUUACUAAAUAAACUAAAGUUUCAAAAAAAAGAUUAAAAGAAGUUUCAAAAUAAAUUAACAAUGUUGAGGCUAUAUACAGGGGGUACCGGUACUGAGUCAAUUUGCGGGGGUUACAGGUUAGUCGGUAAUUUGUACAUGUAGGUAGGGGUAAAGUGACUAUGCAUAGAUAAUAAACAGCGAGUAGCAGCAGUGUAAAAACAAAGGGGGGGGGGGGGUCAAUGCAAAUAGUCCGGGUGGUCAUAGCAGGUGGGAUAUGUAGCUAGCUAGCUAGGACACCGGUAGACACCAGUGUCCUUCGCCCACGCCUGUUGGGCACUGCGUUCCCACAGUUCUGUUAACGAUGACGAGGGCAGGUGUUCAGCAGGCGGGAGCGAAGGACACUGUGUUAGCUAUCAGGUGGGAGGCGGGGGCGACACCGGUAGCUAACUAGGCAGGCGAUGAAAUUAUAUAAUGUGUCAACUUUGCUCGCUCUGCACGCUGCUCCAAAUGUACAAAUGUAACAACAGAAGACUCAUCAGGGUCUGCAUCCCCGCUCACCAUUACGGCUAAAUUAUAUUUUAAAAACUGAUGGAUGAAUAGAUGCACAGGAAGAGCGGACGUAGAGAAGCAGGCGAGUGAUGGCUGGAAGGGGAUGCGGCUGGCUGAUCAAAGCUGCCACACGAGAUGCGCGUGAAAGUGAAGUGGACAUUAUUGGGCUGGUACAUACAAGACUAGUUGCAGAUGUUUUUUUAGUUUUUUUUUACGGCAUAGAUUAUUUUUUUUUAAACAUAAUUUACAAACAUUUUAUAACAGGCGCCAGCUGGUUCUUUAGCUCGGUAGGGCCAAUGCUUAAGGUGCAUUACCAGCGCUUUGAAAAGUUGGUUUAAUAAUACUUUACUGUGGAUAUAUUGUCUCAUAUCUUGCCACAUAAGGACCAACCACGCAGACAACCGGUAGAGUAAGUUCAAAUGUAAUUUUAUUCAACAUUCUGGGUUGUAGAGGACCUGAGAGGACCAUUUCCAGAAUAAACGGUGUAAUGUCCCAGACGUUGGUGGUCUGAUCCCCAGGCAAUGUUCUACUAGCCCUCUGAAAUUCAAUCAUCCUCACAGGAACAUUUUAUAUGAUGCUGCCUUUCAGAUUGGCUUAAGCUCAAAAGUCAUCAUGUCACAACAGUGUCACUGUUCUGCAACCUGACAAACUCCUCAAUGUGACCUUUUGCCAAUGCUCUCCUGCAUAUGUUUUCCCACAGCUGCGGAGCCAUGGCCUGAAAAUGCCACCUUGUAUCAGCCUCUGAGAGGUAAGCCAUUCAUUCACUCUGCACUUUACAGAGACAAAACUGUUCAUAUACCUACUUCCACAUUUACAUUGUUAAGUCAUGUAUUGUAGUCCCCUGGAGCUCAGUUGGUAGAGCAUGGCGCUUGCAACGCCAGGGUUGUGGGUUCGUUUCCCACGGGGGGCCUGUAUGAAAAAUUUAUGCACUCACUAACUGUAAGUCGCUCUGGAUAAGAGCGUCUGCUAAAUGACUAAAAUCUAAAUAAUGCUAAAGUUGUUACUUAAUUAAUUAGUUUUUAGUUUAGGCUUAAGCCCUAAACCCUACAAUAUUGUGCACUACUAGUACACUGCUAACCAUAGACUUCAAGUCAAUAAAAGUUAUUUGAUGUAAUGUUGAGGAAAAUUAUGUUAAUGUCUCGGAGAGGAAUAUAGGAUUAAGAAUUGUAAAACUGUUUGAGCCAUAGGUAUCUGCAUUUAGCCAAAUUGCAGUGUAUCUUGUCACUUUAUAAUGUGCGAAUGCAUGUCUGUCUGUUGGCCUGUUUGUUUUUUCAGAGGACCAGAUACUACUGUCAGAUUGUGCAUCAUCACUUGCUGUACAGGUAAGAUCAUGUUUAUGCCUUUGCCAUAGCCAAAUAGGAUGUGAAACCAAGAGUUGGCUCGUUGGUAUUAGCCGUUAUACAAACAAAUGUUGCGUUGUGGUAUAGGCUAGGCCUACUUAAAAGACCCUACAGUACAUGGGGCCCAUAAAGCUAGUCCUCCGAUCAAACAUGGGCGACCGUGUUGAUAGGGUUUGUCAUAUUUGAUCAAACUAUUUUAUUAAACUUUUCAUAACAGACACCUGUUUUCAUUAAAAUCCAACAUCGUUAUAUGUAAGAAAAAAAAAUUAGCAUGGAAACCGCUGUGCAGAUACACAGAUGCUUUGCUAAGGCUGCUCGUCGUCGUUGGCACUAUCGUAGCUAUCUGGUAUACAACUGUGCAUGCCUAUGUCAUGGACGGGAUCUGAACCCAGGUCUCCCAUGGGAGAAAUCAACGUAUUGACCAUUAGACCAACAGGAAAUUCCAACCUCAUCACUAGACCAUGAGCUGGACUCAUGUCCGCUACAUUCACCCGCCUUUGACCUCCUCACCAACAAGAGCCUGUCCCACAGUUGGGCGCCAUUGUCACCAGCGGGGUCUGAAACCAAUAUCUUGAUCAUUCGUCAUCGCAGACUCGGGAGACCAUAGAUUUCUUGUGCCUUUGGGGAGUUAGGUCUUAGCACAGCGUCUGCUGUGGCUGUGAAGUCCACUGUUGAGAGGCAGACUCGGCUACAGUUGUCACAUUUGUAGGCUGGCCCGGAUGUUGUAGAUCAGGGGUCCCCAAUUAAAUGUCUGGGGGGCUAGAACAUAGUUAUAAAUAAUUUGUACACUGCAAAUUGUCUACAAGAUUCCCAAACAUAGUAUUUGACAAAAACAGAAUCAUUUCAAACCUUGAUUACAUUGGGAUACGAUCACAUAUGCCUCUUUAUUUAUGUGUGGGAAUACUUAGGAACACAUUUCCUGAAUUAAAAUCACUUUGAGCUGAUUUCCUGGUGAUUUUAUAGUCUUACAGUGGGGAGAACAAGUAUUUGAUACACUGCCGAUUUUGCAGGUUUUCCUACUUACAAAGCAUGUAGAGGUCUGUAAUUUUUAUCAUAGGUACACUUCAACUGUGAGAGACGGAAUCUAAAACAAAAAUCCAGAAAAUCACAUUGUAUGAUUUUUAAGUAAUUAAUUUGCAUUUUAUUGCAUGACAUAAGUAUUUGAUCACCUACUAACCAGUAAGAAUUCCGGCUCUCACAGACCUGUUAGUUUUUCUUUAAGAAGCCCUCCUGUUCUCCACUCAUUACCUGUAUUAACUGCACCUGUUUGAACUCGUUACCUGUAUAAAAGACACCUGUCCACACACUCAAUCAAACAGACUCCAACCUCUCCACAAUGGCCAAGACCAGAGAGCUGUGUAAGGACAUCAGGGAUAAAAUUGUAGACCUGCACAAGGCUGGGAUGGGCUACAGGACAAUAGGCAAGCAGCUUGGUGAGAAGGCAACAACUGUUGGCGCAAUUAUUAGAAAAUGGAAGAAGUUCAACAUGACGGUCAAUCACCCUCAGUCUGGGGCUCCAUGCAAGAUCUCACCUCGUGGGGCAUCAAUGAUCAUGAGGAAGGUGAUGGAUCAGCCCAGAACUACACGGCAGGACCUGGUCAAUGACCUGAAGAGAGCUGGGACCACAGUCUCAAAGAAAACCAUUAGUAACACACUACGCCGUCAUGGAUUAAAAUCCUGCAGCGCACGCAAGGUCCCCCUGCUCAAGCCAGCGCAUGUCCAGGCCCGUCUGAAGUUUGCCAAUGACCCUCUGGAUGAUCCAGAGGAGGAAUGGGAGAAGGUCAUGUGUUCUGGUGAGACAAAAAUAGAGCUUUUUGGUCUAAACUCCACUCGCCGUGUUUGGAGGAAGAAGAAGGAUGAGUACAACCCCAAGAACACCAUCCCAACCGGAAGCAUGGAGGUGGAAACAUCAUUCUUUGGAGAUGCUUUUCUGCAAAGGGGACAGGACGACUGCACCAUAUUGAGGGGAGGAUGGAUGGGGCCAUGUAUCGCGAGAUCUUGGCCAACAACCUCCUUCCCUCAGUAAGAGCAUUGAAGAUGGGUCGUGGCUGGGUCUUCCAGCAUGACAAUGACCCGAAACACACAGCCAGGGCAACUAAGGAGUGGCUCCGUAAGAAGCAUCUCAAGGUCCUGGAGUGGCCUAGACAGUCUCCAGACCUGAACCCAAUAGAACAUCUUUGGAGGGAGCUGAAAGUCUGUAUUGCCCAGUGACAGCCCCAAAACCUGAAGGAUCUGGAGAAGGUCUGUAUGGAGGAGUGGGCCAAAAUCCCUGCUGCAGUGUGUGCAAACCUGGUCAAGACCUACAGGAAACAUUUACAUUACAUUUUACGUCAUUUAGCAGACGCUCUUAUCCAGAGCGACUUACAAAUAGGUGCAUUCACCUUAUAGCCAGUAGUACAACCACUUUACAAUGUUUUUUUUAAUGUAAUUUUUUAUGUAAUUGCAAACAAAGGUUUCUGUACCAAAUAUAAAGUUCUGCUUUUCUGAUGAAUCAAAUACUUAUGUCAUGCAAUAAAAUGCAAAUUAAUUACUUAAAAAUCAUACAAUGUGAUUUUCUGGAUUUUUGUUUUAGAUUCCAGCUCUAACAGUUGAAGUGUACCUAUGAUAACAAUUACAGACCUCUACAUGCUUUGUAAGUAGGAAAACCUGCAAUAUCGGCAGUGUAUUAAAUACUUGUUCUCCCCACUGUAGGCCUAAACCCAAUUAUUCUAUUUUGUUCUUGUAAUAUUGAUUUACCUUGAAUGUCAUUUGAAGGUAAGAAAACAAUCACAGUCAUGAAUACUAAGCAUAUUCCAUCUGAUUUUCGCUAUUUGAUCUACUGAAUUUAGACUGUUAACUAGCUGUGUUGUUCAGGCCUAGUUCAUAUGAAAUGCUGUUUUUUGUCUCAGGCUUAUCUGAGGAUGUGCAAUCUGCCUGUUCUUGUGUCCUGUCGGUCAAACGCAGAGUACAUGUCCCCAUCUGGUGAGUUCUCCACACUAUUGAAAAAAGUGUGGUGUGUGUUUGUGUGUGCGCGUUAGGUUUCCUGUUACAUUUACAUUUUAAUCAUUUAGCAGACGCUCUUAUCCAGAGCGACUUACAGUUAGUGAGUGCAUACAUUUUCAUACUGUCCCCCAUGGGAAACGAACCCACAACCCUGGCAUUGCAAGCACCAUUCUCUACCAACUGAGCUACAGGGGACUGCAGUUAGGUAUGUGUAUGUCUGUAGUGUAGAUCUUUAUCCCCUGGAUGUGGACAGGCCUUUUGUAGGAGCAUCACACAUGAUUACAUUGCACCUGGCAGACCAAUAUUAAAGGAUGACUCUGUAAAACCAUGACUGGGUUUGCCGCUCUCAGAUAAAUUUGAAUCAUGCUCUAAAUUAGUCUUUCUCAAUGCCUAAAUCUACUUUUAGGAAUCAUACAUCUUAGGCUGUUUUUAACUGAAGAAUAUCUGCACAGUGUGACUGAGGCAAUGUUUUUAAUCACUGCAUUAAAAUUAAAUUACGCCACUUGGAGAUUACAUUUAUUUUAUGCGAAUGUGAAUCCUUAGUUUCCUUCUCCAGCCCCCUCUCAAAUAAUGUUUAAAUUAUCUCAAAAAGGGUGAACAAAACACCAUAGCCAACCUUAGAUUUGGAGAAUCCAAUAGUGUAAUGUAGCCUAGUGUUUGACCAAUGAUGUGAUUUGCAAAUGUGAUUAAAUAUUACCACAUGUAUAUGAUUUCUGUGUAAUGUUUUCUUGUAAGGAAUUCAAGGUAAGCAAAAAGGUUAGUUGAACACUCAAAACCAACACAUAAGAGACUCAAGCUUCAUCAUAGAUUUCUGCCCGGUCAAACCCACUCAGACACGUUACUAAAUGUUCUGAAUUUGAUUAGACCUAGUAGCUCUGCACUCAGUGCAGCCUACUGGGCAGUUUUGAAUAACAACAUAGGAAACCAGAUGCUUAUUUACAGAGAGGUUCAAAUAUGCAUUCCAUAAUCUCUCUCUUCUUUCCUUUUGUCACUACAUUGAACUUUUAUAUUGCUUAUUCCUCUCUCUUCAGGUAAAGUCCCCUUUGUCCAUGUGGGAAAUCAGGUUGUGUCUGAGCUGGGGCCCAUAGUUCAGUUUACAAAGGCAAAGGUAAGUGAGCCUUAUGAAUGAGCAGCAGGACCAUGCCCUUUUUAAGAUCAGUCAUCAAUCACUCCCUGCUACUCUCUCACAUACCUGCCUUGACAUUUUGACAUUUUGUUGUGUUACAGCCUGAAUUUAAAAUGGAUUACAUUUAUAUUUUGCGUCACUGGCCUACACACAAUACCCCAUAAUGUCAAAGUGGAAUUAUGUUUUUAGAAACUUUUCGAAAUUAAUAAAAAAUGUAAAGGACAAAUGUCUUGAGUCAAGUAUUCAACCCCUUUGUUAUGGCAAGCCUAAAUAAGUUCAGGAGUAAAAAUGUGCUUAACAAGUCACAUAAUAAGUUGCAUGGACUCACUCUGUGUGCAAUAAUAGUGUUUCACUUUUUUUAUUUUUUAUAUAUGUCUAGUGCUUCUCUGUACCCACACAUACAAUUAUCUUUAAGGUCCCUCAGUCUAGCUGUGAUGGGUGAUUUGAAGGAGUCAGGCGCAGGAGGGUAAAUCACAGAAUACAGAGUUUAUUCCGGAAUACAGUGUUACGCAGAAAUGCGUCAAACAGUACAGUGCGCAAAACAGGCGCACUGGAACCAACAGGCACACGGGGAAGCAGACAUUGAAUAUCCCUUUGAGUAUGAAGUUAUUAAUUACACUUUGGAUGGUGUAUCAAUACACCUAGUCACUACAAAGAUACAGGCAUCCUUCCUAACUCCGUUGCCAGAGUGGAAGGAAACCGCUCAGGGAUUUCACCAUGAGGCCAAUGGUGACUUUAAAACAGUCACAGAGUUGAAUGGCUGUGAUGGGAGAAAACUGAGGAUGGAUCAACAACAUUGUAGUUACUACACAAUACUAACCUAUAUGACAGAGUAAAUAGAAGGAAGCCUGUACAGAAAAAAUAUUCCACAACAUGCAUCCUGUUUGCAAACUGCCCAAAACAAUCAUGAGUGGCUUAGUUACAGGUUUGACUUAAAUCAGCUUGAAAAUCUAUGGCAAGACUUGAAAAUGUCGUUCUAGCAAUGAUCAACAACCAAUUUGACAGAGCUGAAGAAUUACAAAAAUUAUAAUAAUGUGCAAAUAUUGUACAAUCCAGAUUAGCAAAGCUCUUAGACUUACCCAGAAAGAUUCACAGCUGUAAUCGCUACCAAAGGUGAUUCUAACAUGUAUUGACUCAGGGGUGUGAAUACUUAUGUAAAUGAGAUAUUGAUGUAUUUCAUUUUUUAUAAAUUUGCUAACAUUUCUAAACACGUUUUCACUUUGUCAUCAUGGGGUUAUUGUGUGUAGAUGGUUGAGAAAAACAUAAUUUGAUCCAUUUUGUAUGAAAAUGUAUGCACUCACUAACUGUAAGUUGCUCUGGAUAAGAGCGUCUGCUAAAAUGACUAAAAUUUAAAUAACAUUAAAAUGUUGAAUUCAGGCUGUAACACAACAAAAUGUGGAAUAAGUCAAGGGGUAUGAAUACUUUCUGAAAGCACUACUGUUAUGACUGCUUGCUUAUCUAAGCAUCUUGCUACUCUACACUCUCUCGUACGCGUACACACACACACGUACGUCACACACACACACACUUAUCACUGCUUAUCACUCUCUCUCCAGGGUCACUCUCUCAGUGAUGGUCUGGAUGACAUUCAGAGGGCUGAAAUGAAAGCUUACAUGGAGCUGGUCAACAACAUGCUGCUCACCGCUGAGGUACAGUAGAGAAACCACUCGAGGCAGGAAAGAAUAAUCCAGUACAUACUGAAUACACAGUGGGUAUUUAUGCAGAUGAAGCUCUCUAUAAUCCUGUCACAGGAAGGAAGUGCUUGGCAAGGGACUCAUGAGGUUACAUCAAGAAAUUGUUUGAAAUGUCAUGAGCAUAUCCCUGAAAUGAUCUUGUCUCAUGAUUGUAUAUCUUUUUGAUUGUCUAAAUGUGGUUCUAGACGUUUUUUUAUAGUAUGCAUUGAAAUCAGGGGAUAGUCCUUUGCUCCUUAGUAAUGUUCAGUAAAAUCAAGCAAUGACACCAUGUACUCUGUUUGUGAGGAAUGUUCUUCCCCCUAGAUCCUUGUCCAUCUUCACCCCUUCACUGCUCCCCACUACUUUUCCUCCCUUUGUUUAUUUUCAAAUUUUCCCCAUCUCAAAUCCCCCUGUAUCCCUCCAGCUCUUCUCUCCUAAUUUCUUCCCCUCUUCAUGCAUCUUGUCUUAUAUCCUUCCCUUUCCCUCUCCUUCCUUCCCCUCCAUGUUCUCUCUGUGUGUUCAUCCUUUGUAUCCCUCUUUCCUCUAUGCAGUUGUAUAUCCAGUGGUGUGACGAUACCACGGCGACCGAGGUGAGAGCUCUCCCUGGGCAUUCAUCUUCAUUUGGCUGCAGCCUCGGCCAGGGCCCCCCUCUCAUAAAUGAGCCAUGCUUUACUGAGCUUCCAUUUAUUAGGCCCUCACACACACCGCUGGCUCCCCCUCAUUGCCCUCUCUUCUCCAUAGCCCUUUUAUUGCCGCCAUCAGCUGUGACUGGUGUGUUGCUUUACACCGAUUUAGAAACGUUCUCCCCCGGAUAACAUUCAUUCAUCUUCGAUGUUAGGGAGGGGUAUUUGAAAUGUUUUCAUUACUCUAAUAUGUCAUAAGUUUCUCUUUCAUCCCCUGACCAAUCAAAAUGACACAAAUGCAGAGGGCAGACAGUGUUCAGUUGUUUUUAGGUUAGUAUUCUCUGGUAGGUUUUGACUAACAGCAACAGUGAAAGAGAAGUCUGAUGUUCGCCAUGAUAGAACUGAUUCUGUUUUUUAAAAGUUUUCUGGUGAGUGUUUUGCAUUGAUCUGUGACAGGUCUUGUGGAACCUCUGUUAGGUGCGCACCUAUAAUAGCUAAUUGAAAUGGGGAAAAUAGCAUAAGCUAUUUUGUCAGGGCUGACUGGAGGGCUAAAUGCGCUUUGAAAGUCAAAUGCCUUUUUAUGUAAAACGCAGCAUGAGAUAGAGAAAAUUAACUUGAAAAUAACACUUUCAAUUGUCAUGGUAUAUCCUUCAUGUAACAAUGUCACAAGGAUACUUUUCAUUUUUAAAAUAGGCCUACAAUUAUUUUUCUACAAAAAUCUAUACACGUUCGAAUACUAACAUCUGUUCGGAUAAUCAAGUUUUCGAAUAAGCGUGCCCAUCCCUAUUUUGUGACUUGUUUUCUAUGUAAACACUGAAAUGCAGUCGUGUAUUAGUGAUGCGCGGGUUGACUCAUAACCUGUGGGCAGGUUUAGGGUAAUUAAAUAUUGUGUGGAUGAAGGGCGGGUGGGUGGAGGGCAAGUUGAAUAAAGAGAAAACAAUACCUUUAAAAAAUCAAUAAGUGUAUCAUUCUUGUACAAUUUAGCCUAAGCUUUAGGGCCUAACUGUACAUGUGGCGAAGAGCCUACACGCUAAUUGGCAAAUGCUUUUGGGAACAGGCAAAAAGGAAUAUAUCACAGUUUAAUUCAAUAAUAGAAAAGAUGCGAAAUUAAGAGUUGAAAAUAAAGAGGGAAGGGCCAGAAAAGUAAUGUUUGAGAAAUAUUUUGGUAGAGUGGUAAAAGAAGAUGAUAGCAGUGCUAUACAAAUUAGACGGUCACAAAACGGGGACUUCAAAUAGGCCUAUGGCACGUCAAGGGAACUGUAGCCUUCUGUUCAGAUCGGUUAAAUGGAAACUGAAAUCUGGACACUGACUGUAGGUCUAUAACAUAGUCGUAUAUUAACUCCUACAGAAUUAAGUAUUUCUUGCAUUAAAAUGAUACACCAAAUGUAGGCAACAUUUUGACUCAGGAACAGGAGUGGAGAAAUAUGUGACUCGGGAACAGGAGUGGAGAAAUAUGUGAAUGCGCAGUUAGAUACCGUCUGUAGAGGUGCUAUCUUUAUCAGUAUCAUAAAAGCUGGUAGUAUUUCAACCACUUAAAAUAGCCGAACUGAAAUCAUAUCAGAAACAUGUUGGGUCGUUUUCACUGCUUUUUUUUAUUUCCUUACAACUGGUCAAACUGAUGCCAUUUGGACGUUUUGCACAGAAAAGCGUUCCAGUUUUUUUUUUGUUAUUACAUUUUCUCCUUGUCCAUAAAUGUCUUUGCUCCGUGAAAGAAGCAGAGAUGACAGAACUUUAUUGAUGUCAACUAGAUUGACGCAUUCAUUCUAUCGAAUUAUGACAUUCUGGUGAGCAAUGGUUUAUUUAGCCUUCUAGGGCAACAUAUAAUCACAGAAGAUAAGAUGCAUGUAUCUAAUUAGUUGACUAACAAAUAGCCUACCAAAAUGUGGGACAUUUAUUUUAAGCAAAAACGUAUCUAAAUCGGGCAAAUAAUGUCAAAUAGUUCCGAUGUCUUUUACUGUAGCCUACAGCGCAUUUUUUAUAUUACCAGGUUACGGGCGGGUGCAGGCCUCCAGAUUUUCGCUUUAUCACAUACCGCGGUUGCGGAUGGGUUAUAAGGAAUUGCAGGUGGGUGCGGGUGAACAAAUAGCUGACCCACGCACCACUAAUGUGUAGAGUGCAUUCGGAAAGUAUUCAGACCCCUUGACUUUUUCCACAUUUUGUUACGUUAUAGCCUUAUUCUAAAAUUGAUUAAAUGAAUAAAAAUCCUCAUCAAUCUACACACAAUACCCCAUAAUGACAAAGCGAAAACUGGUUUUUAGAAAUGUUUGCAAAUGUAUAAGAAAUAAAUAUCUUAUUUACGUAAGUAUUCAGUCCCUUUGCUAUGAGACUCAAUUGAGCUCAGGUGCAUCCUGUUUCCAUUGAUCAUCCUUGAUGUUUCUACAACUUGAUUGGAGUCCACCUGUGGUAAAUUCAAUUGAUUGGACAUGAUUUGGAAAGGCACACACCUGUCUAUAUAAGGUCCCACAGUUGACAGUGCAUGUCAGAGCAAAAACCAAGCCAUGAGGUCAAAGGAAUUGUCCGUAGAGCUCAGAGAAAGGAUUGUGUCGAGGCACAGAUCUGGGGAAGGUUACCAAAAAAAACUCAGUGGGCUGUCAUGUGCCUUUUACUGAGGAGUGGCUUCCGUCUGGCCACUCUACCAUAAAGGCCUGCUUGGUGGAGUGCUGCAGAGAUGGUUGUCCUUCUGGAAGAUUCUCCCAUCUCCACAGAGGAACUCUGGAGCUCUUUCAGAGUGACCAUCGGGUUCUUGGUCUCCCUGUCCAAGGCCCUUCUCCCCCGAUUGCUCAGUUUGGCCGGGCGGCCAGCUCUACGAAGAGUCUUCGUGGUUCCAAACUUCUUCAUUUUAAGAAUGAUGGAGGCCACGGUGUUCUUGGGGACCUUCAAUGCUGCAUACAUUUUUUGGUACCUUUCUCCAGAUCUGUGCCUCGACACAAUCCUGUCUUGGAGCUCUACGGACAAUUCCUUCAGCCUCAUGGCUUGGUUUUUGCUCUGACAUGCACUGUCAACUGUGGGACCUUAUAUAGACAGGUGUGUGCUUUUCCAUUCAAUUGAAUUUACCACAGGUGGACUCCAAUCAUCAAGUUUUAGAAACAUCUCAAAGAUUAUCAAUGGAAACAGGAUGCACUUGAGCUCAAUUUCGAGUCUCAUAGCAAAGGGUCUGAAUACUUAUGUAAAUAAGGUAUUUCUGUUAUUUUUAAUAAAUGUGCAAAAAUAUCUAAAACCUGUUUUUGCUUUAUCUUUAUUGGGUAUUGUGUGUAGAUUGAUUGAUUAAAAAUUGUUGUAAUCAAUUUUAGAAUAAGACUAACGUAAAACAAAUGUGGGAAAAGUAUUUUCAAAUGUAUUUGAAAGUAAUUGAAAUACAAUAAUAGUAGUUGAACCUAGGUCCGAUAUCUAUAAAUCUAAUCAAAUAUUUUCUAUAUGGCAAUAGCGUAAUUGCGUUUCAAGUAUCUUUGAGUGUUUCUUGUCUUUAAUUACAAAAACAACUAAAUUCGCUAGAAACAAACAUGAAAAGUAACAAGACCCUUUUGUUUACAAGGACCACCAAACUUAAGCCAGACAGAGUUCAAAAUGUGGAAACUUCCCCUUUAAGCUCACCUCAGCCUCAUGUCUGUAGAUCUCCAGGCCGAGAUACAGCAGCCCAUACUCCUGGCCCCUCAACCAAAUCCUGGCCUAUCAGAAGCAGUGGGAGGUCCGUCGUAAGAUGACUGCCAUUGGCUGGGCAGGGAAGAGCCUGGAGCAGGUCAGUGCCUUGUGAUCUCGGAAGCCAAGAACUAAAACCUUGUGUAAUUUCGUCAGAUACUCCAUAAGGUUUUGGGGGGAGAUACUUGAAUGAGUAGUGGAAGCAGGGCGGUAGCUCCACCCCCCCCACUCUUUGCAAGUUUCGGGCUAGUCUAUGGGCCAAAUUUUCCCUCAAUCAAUCAAAUGUAUUUAUUAAGCCCUUUUUACAUCAGCAGAUGACACAAAGUGCUAUACAGAAACCCAGCCUUAAACCCCAAAGAGAAUGUAAUGCAGAUGUAGAAGCAUGGUGGCUAGGAAAAACUCACUAGAAAGGCAGGAACCUAGGAAGUAACAUAGAGAGGAACCAGGCUCUGAGGGGUGGCCAGUCCUCUUCUGGCUGUGCCGGGUGGAGAUUAUAAAAGUACAUGGCCAUUAAGGCCAGAUCGUUCUUCAAGAUGUUCAAACGUUCAUAGAUGACCAGCAGGGUCAAAUAAUAAUCACAGUGGUUGUAGAGAUCCCGAGUGGCGCAGCGGUCUAUGGCACUGCAUCUCAGUGCUUGAGGCGUCACUACAGACCCCCUGGUUCGUUUCCAGGCUGUAUCACAACCGGCCGUGAUUGGGAGUCCCAUAGGGCGGCACACAAUUGGCCCAGCGUCGUCCGGGUUUGGCCGGUGUGGGCCGUCAUUGUAAAUAAGAAUUUGUUCCUAACUGACUUGCCUAGUUAAAUAAAGGUUACAAAUAAAAUAAAUAGAGGGUGCAACAGGUCAGCACCUCAGGAGUAAUGUCAUUUUGGCUUUUCAUAGCCGAGCAUUCAGAGAUUGAGACAGCAGGUGCCGGGAGAGAGAGAGAGGGUCGAAAACAGCAUGUCCGGGACAAGGUAGCACGUCUUUUGAACAGGUCAGGUUUCCAUAGCCGCACGCAAAACAGCACAAACAGGAUCAGCAGCACGACCAGGUGGACUGGAGACGGGGACAGCCAGGAGUCGGCAGGCCAGGUAGUCCUGAGGCAUGGUCCUGGGGCUCAAGUCCUCCGGGAGAGAGAGCGAAUGAGAGAGAAUAUUAGAGGGAGCAUAGUUAAGUUCACACAGGACACCAGAUAAAACAGGAGAAUUACACCAGAUAGGACAGAUUGACCCUAGCCGCCCGGCACAUAAGACUAUUGCAGCAUAGAUACUGGGGGGGUAUAGCCCACAACGAUUUCCCCCACCGCACGAGGCCGAGGGGGCGCAAAACCGGACAGGAAGAUCAUGUCAGUGACUCAACCCACUGAAGUUGAGUAUAGCGAACUUCAAAAGAAACGCACACCCGCUAAAUUUUGAUUUGUUCAAAUAACCAGUGACGAAAACCUGUGCACCGGAUCAACUGUUGCUUGUUAGUGUUGCAUCCCACAGUAUGUUGACAGACAUUAGGAUACAAUUUGUAACGUAGUCUGUCCACCAGAGAGUAGUGCCCUGAGAUGCCAACCUCAGCUGAAAAAAGAACACCAUAGUACCUGAACCAUAAUCAGUUCAGCAAUUUUAGAGAUGUAUUAUUUGUUUCCUUCUUGAAAGCAGUCUAUGGACAAGGAAUUACUGCAAUCCACACUUUGGUUUUGUUAAACUAGUUACUGCCAAUGAAUGCUAAUGUUUGCAUUUUCUGUUCAAAACCUCAUGUAAGUCAAGAUUCCCCGUUUUAGCAUGUUUGAAAUGUCAUGCCCAAAUCUUCUCAAAAUAAUUGUAAACAAAUUGAGCAACACAAUCCAUUUGGGCAUGACAUUUAAAAAAUGCUAAACAGGGGAGAUUGACUUACAUGGGGUUUUGGUCUGAAAGUGCUAAUGUUAGCAUUUGUUGUCAGUGGCUAGUUUAACAAAACCAAAGUUUGGAUGGAUUUUUCUCUCAUCUCUCAGGCUAAUGUUUCCACAUAGUUGUAAUAGUAACUGUUUUCCACGCUUCUUCUCCAGGUUUAUGAAGAUGUUAGCCCAAUGCUGUCAAGCUCUUUCCCAGAGGCUGGGCACACAGCCAUACUUCUUCAAUAAGCAGUAGGUUCAUACAAUCUUUUCUUUGAAUACUUUUUAUUUAUUUUGAUAGACAAUAAAUAAUAAUAAAACAGUUGAUGCUUACAUCUGUCCUAUUUCACGUGUAAAUUAGAAAUGCAUUUUUUGCAUAUCCCACUCCCUCUGAGAGUGGCGUCAUGGCCAGGGAUCAGCCAUUAUUGACGGGGACCCUGGAGCAAUUUGGGGUUAAGUGCCUUGCUCAAGGGCACAUCAACAGAUUUUUCACCAAGUUGGCUCAGGGAUUUGAACCAGAGACCUUUCGGUUACUGGCCCAACACUCUUAACCGCUAUGCUACCUACCGGCCCUUGAAAAGAAACAGAAUGAGAGAGAGAUAUACAAAGGAGCAGUGGGAUUGCUACUCACUGUAACACCAUAAUGAAUGUGCUGCAGGAGGCGGCAUUACCAGCUAGAGCCCACACAUGGUCUAUACCAGGGGUGUCAAACAUACGGAUCCGGCCCACAAUGGGGGGGGGGGGGGGGGACUCAAUAUAUACUUUAAAAUGACUAAACCAAAUCGAAAAUGUGUAGAAAUGAUAAUGGACCUACAUUCAUAACAUUUUUAUUUAUUUUUUACUGUGUCCAGCUCGCUAAUAAUCACCUAAAUGAAAGCUAGACAGUCAGGGAGCAUCAAAUUCCAAAAACAAUGGAUAGACUAUUUUUGGGCAAUUUUGACGACGUAGAAAUAUAACACAUUUUCAGUGCUAGCAUCUGGACCUCAUUGAAGACAGAAUGCGGGCCCCCAGGGCAAAAUUAGUUUGACACCCCUGGUCUAUACCAUAUUAGACCUAUUAUUACGUUGUAUUAGCCUGUUGUACUAACAUUUUAGUCCUUUUACUUUAUCAGUCCUUUCAAUGUAUUAAAUUACUCCUUUUAUUGUAUUAUUUAGUAUUACAUUAGUCACGUUAAAGUGCUGCUCUUAAGGUCUCUCAGCAGGUUGUUUUCCUCCUACUCUCUAAACAAGAGAGGUUAGGAGGAGCCUUAGGAGCCUUGUACUUGCACACCCUUUGUCAAUCCAAUGCUUUUAAAUCAAUGACAGGAACUUUGGGAGAAGUGUGGAGAAUUGGGACGCAGACUAGAUGUGCUGUUUUGGGUCGGACUCGGGCCUAUACAGUACCUUUUUAGAUAGUCAGGGCUUUGAUGAGUGUCUGUCUUAGCCUCAGGGUAGACCUCCGGAAGGAACCCACCAUUCGUUUUAACUGGAUUAGUUUACACAAGGAUAGCGCUGCUGAAUCCAUGAACCCUUUCUCCCAUUGUCUGAGCUUUCUCCCCCCCUGAGCCUCUAAUUAAUCUGGUAAUGACAUCCUGGCCUUGUCAUAUGCUAGAAGAGAAGACAAUAACUUGCUGUAAUAAAAAUUAAGAUUGCCAGUAUGGGUGAAAUCUUAAAUGCCAUUACAAAGCUGCCUGCAUGUGAUGUGGUAUAAUUGACUGACUGCCUGGGCUGACCUUGGCUAGAGCAGAGAAAGAGAAUAGUCAACAUAAUACAUUGUGGUGCAUAGAAUAAAUAUGUAAGGUCUUUGUGAAUCCAACAAUGGUAUGGCAUGUUGCCUUUUAAAUGGUAAUGUCUCCCGCACAUAGACAUGGUGACAAAUUACAGCCUUAUUUGCUGUAUGAUUUGGACCAAGUGCCGUCAAAGUAUUCAUACCCCUGGAAUUAUUCCAUAUUUUGUUGUUACAGGCUGAAUUCAAAAUGGAUUAAAAAUACUUUUUUCUCAUCCAUCUACACACAAUACCAAAGUGAAAACAUGUAAUUUGAUAAAUAAAAAGUUCAAAUUGAUUUAAAUGAAAUACAGAAAUUUCUAAUUUACAUAAGUAUGAAAAUGUAGUGAAUAUGUGUUAGAAUCACCUUUUGCAGCGAUUACAGCUGUGAGUCUUUCUGGGUAAGUCUAACAGCUUUGCACACUUGGAUUGUACAAUAUUUGCCCAUUAUUCUUUAAAAAAUUCUUCAAGCUCUGUCGAAUUGGUUGUUGAUCAUUGCUAGACAACCAUUUUCAAGUCUUGUCAUAGAUUUUCAAACCGAUUUAUGUCAGAACUGUAACUAGGCCACUCAGGAACAUUCACUGAUAAGCAACUCCAGUGUAGAUUUGGCCUUGUGUUUUAAGUUAUUGUACUGCUGAAAAGUGGAAGUAAUCUCCCAGUGUCUGGUUUAAAGCAGACUGAACACCAUUUUCCUCUAGGAUUUUAUCUGUGCUUAGCUCAAUUCCAUUUCUUUUAUUCCACUUUGACAUUAUGGGGUAUUGUCUGUAGGCCAUUGACAGAAAAAACUCAGUUUAAUCCAUUUUAAAUUCCGCUGUAACACAACAAAAUGUGGAAAAAGUCAAGGGGUGUUUUUGAAGGCACUGUAAUAAUAUACAGUACCACUCAAAAGUUUGGACACACCUAAUCAUUAAAGGGUUUUUCUUUAUUUUUACUAUUUUCUACAUUGUAGAAUAAUAGUGAAGACAUCAAAACUACGAAAUAACACAUAUGGAAUCAUGUAGUAACCAAAAAAGUGUUAAACAAAUCAAAAUACAUUUUAUAUUUGGGAUUCUUGAAAUAGCCACCCUUUGCCUUUAUGACAGCUUUGCACACUCUUGGCAUUCUCUCAUACAGCUUCACCUGGAAUGCUUUUCCAACAGUCUUGAAGGAGUACCCACAUAUGCUGAGCAUGUGUUGGCUGCUUUUCCUUCACUCUGCCGUCCGACUCAUCCCAAACCAUCUCAAUUGGGUUGAGGUCGGAGGAUUGUGGAGGCCAGGUCAUCUGAUGCAGCACUCCAUAUCUCUCCUUAUUGGUAAAAUAGCCCUUACACAGACUGGAGGUGUGUUGGGUCAUUGUCCUGUUGAAAAACAAAUGAUAGUCCCACUAAGCCCAAACCAGAUGGGAUGGCGUAUCGCUGCAGAAUGCUCUGGUAGCCAUGCUUGUUAAGUGUGUCUUGGACAAUGACCCAAACCACACGUCCAGGCUGUGUAAUGGGUAUUUGACCAAGAAGGAGGGUGCUGGGGUGCUGCAUCAGAUGACCUGGCCUCCACAAUCACCCAACCUCAACCCAAUUGAGAUGGUUUGGGAUGAGUUGGACCGCAGAGUGAAGGAAAAGCAGCCAACAAGGGCUCAGCAUAUGUGGGAACUCCAAGACUGUUGGAAAAGCAUUCCAGGUGAAGCUGGUUGAUAGAAUGCCAAAGCUGUCAUCAAGGCGAAGGGUGGCUAUUUUGAAGAAUCUCAAAUAUACAAUAUAUUUUGAUUUGUUUAACACUUUUUUUGGUUACUACAUGAUACUAUAUGUGUUAUUUCAUAGUUUUGAUGUCUUCACUAUUAUUCUACAAUGUAAAAAUAAAGAAAACCCCUUGAAUGAGCAGGUGUGUCCAAACUUUUGACUGGUACUAUAUGCCAUUUAGCAGACGCUUUUAUCCAAAGCAACUUAGUCAUGCGUGCAUACAUUUUACUUGUGGGUGGUCCCGGGAAACGAACCCACAAUCCUACAAACUAUUGGAACUAGACCAUGGCAACGGGGGCUUAAGCCCUGUCUCGCCCACUGUCUGUGCUGAUAUACCAUCUAUCCCCUGAUCUAUAUUUUUUUUUAAAUAGAAUGUAUGUUUGUGUCAAGAAUCAUGUUGAGCCCAUGCUCAAACUUUUAUGGGUUAUAAAGGCUCCCCUUUGUCCUCAGACCCACUGAGCUGGAUGCACUGGUGUUCGGCCACCUCUUCACCAUCCUGACCACACGGCUCACCAGCGACGAGCUGGGCGAGAAGAUCAAGAGCUACAGCAACCUGCUGGCCUUCUGCCGCCGCAUUGAACAGAGCUACUUCGAGGACAGCCAAGCUGGCUCCUCGUCCAGAGGCUAUUCGAAAGGCCCCUCGCUCUUUUGAUGCCCAUCUCCUGAAGCCCAACAGUCCCAUUCCACCUCCAUCCCAUCCUAUCCUACUGCAUUUCCAGUCCUCCUUUCUCCACCUGAUUGCCUGUGAAUGCCAUAAACUGGAAGUAUGACUUUCCUGAAAAUGUAGUGGUGAUUCUUUGAUGUAAAAAAACAAAAUGAAAAGCAAUUGUGAUUUCUUUUUUCCACAUUGUGCAGUUUCUGGUUUGAUAUUUGAAUGGAAAGUGCCUACAAAAAUACAAUUCCAUACUCCUCCAAACUCUUAUUCUUCACAAUUUAUGGUUUCUUUUUGGAAGUCUGAGCUUAGUAUUGAAACAACUUAAGUAUGAAAUCCACAGAUGUACCAUAUUUGUAUCAUGCUUGUGAAAAACCAUGAUGCACGUAAAAUAAUUAAAAAUAAAAAGUGAAAUUAAUGUCUUUACC